UGGCGUUGUUUUGUCGUCACGUCCCCCACAUCCAAGAUGGCGGCGCCCAGCCACGUUCUUCUUUUUGCGACUUUUAAUGUCGUUUUCUUUUGUUUAAACGCACCUGUUACAAGUGAAAAGACGGCAGAAGAUUUCUUCAAACGUGAACAUUCAUUGAUGCGGCCCUAUACAGGUUCUGGGGCAAGUCUUCCUAUGUGGGACAUGCAAGGACACUCUAUGAUAACUAAUAAUUACAUUCGCCUAACUCCGGACAAACAAAGCCGUCAAGGUGCUAUCUGGAAUAAAGUGCCAAAUAGAAGUCCCAACUGGGAGCUCCACAUUCACUUCCAUGUACAUGGCCAAGGAAAGUCGCUCUUUGGAGAUGGAUUUGCUGUCUGGUACACCAAGGAUAAAAUGCAAUCAGGUCCAGUAUUCGGCAGCAAGGACUUCCACACAGGGCUUGGAGUUUAUUUUGAUACAUACAGCAACCACAAUGGACCUCACAAUCACCCGCAUCCUUACAUAUCAGCGCAGAUUAAUAACGGCACGCUACACUAUGAUCAUGAUCGUGAUGGUACCCACACUGAAGUCGCUGGAUGCCACGCCCCCUUUAGGAACAGGGAUCAUGAAACACAUGUUGCUGUACGAUACAUGAGAGGCAGACUAGAAAUAAUGACUGAUAUUGAUGAUAAGUCAGAAUGGAAGUCCUGUUUAGAUGUACAAGGUGUUAAGCUUCCAACUGGGUACUACUUUGGUCUCUCGGCCACCACCGGCCAAUUAGCAGAUAACCAUGAUAUUAUUUCUAUAAAAACUUAUGAGCUUGACGGUGCAGAUGAAUCUUUGGAUUAUGCAAAUUUAAGUCCAUCAGCAGAUUUCUUUGCUCCACCAAGAGAUCAUAUUGACGAUCCCGGUGGUUCAUUCCGUGGAGAUUGGACGAUGAGUCUCAAGAACAUGUUCCUUCUCAUCUUCUGCUGUGUGCUUGGCGUCAUGAUCUGCCUCGUUGUCGGGGUGGUGGUCUUCCAGAAACGACAGGAGUACAAUCGCAAAAGGUUUUACUGAGGAAGUCUCGGGGAGAUAAAGCACAAAGGCCAGGAGUUUGGAUUGGAUGGAGUCAAAUCAGGGAGGGUUUUGAAGUUGUGUUUUAAGGCCAUGUCACACGAGGCAAUAGACCUUUAUCAUAGUGCAGCCAUCUUGAAUUUCUCCCAUUGAUAUCAAUG